AUGUCCAUAUCAUUCUUCUAUCAGAUCUUCUGGUGCAAAAACUGUCGAUGUAAACAUGAAAAAUACAUACAAUCUGUCAUUGAAGAGGUCAGAAUACGCGAUCCUGGCUGGAUUUCUCACCUCUUGGCCGAUGAGGAACAUCAUGACCAAGUCUUUCAACUCCCUACUCAACAAGAUCUCCACUUGAACAAACCACCCCUAGAACGUAUUGCUGGGCACAUGCUUGAAAGUAUAAGUUCUAGUAAGACUCAGAGCAAUCGUUACAGCAAAUCUAUCAUCAAAACGGAAGAGAUUACGAAGAUCCUUAUCGAUAAUCUGACCUCAGCUGCUAUGAAAGCCUUAAAAAAACAUCCGAUCAAACUACCUAAUUUAAUUAAUAUCGGUGGCUAUCCUGAGGAAGCCGAAGACAAGGGGAUCUAUCUCCAUAUUCUUAAAACAGCAGACCGAUUCUAUCUAUAUAUCGGACAAGCAUACAAAUUCAAGGAGCGUCUCGAGUUCCACAACGACACUACCAAACGAGCCAUUCAUCCAUCACUACAUUACAAUAUUUGGGAUGAAAUUAAAGUAAUAAAUAGAUUCAGUUCUAUUUUUGUGAAAUUAGCAGCAUUCGAUCAUCGACCACGCAAUUCCCAUGAGCAACUAAUCUUGAAUCUUGAAGAGAUGUUCCUACCGAUUGUUCUACAAACAUUAAAAGCUUCUGAUGUUGAAGAGUGGUUGUCCGAAAAUAUCCCACGAGUCUGGGCAGAGCGAGAUCUGAAUGUGGCUCUUCCAUUAUGGCAAGGAUUCAAAAUGGAAGGAGCCUUUUCGUAUGAUGAAAUUAAGAUGUCAAGUGAAGAAUUUACUAAAAUACUUCACGACAACGAUGAACUUCGUCGAGAGUGGGCUAUUGAUUUACGAGAUUCCUAUUAA